AUGCUGGGAUGUGCAGUCCAGGUGACAGCCAGUAGACGUGGUGAUUAUGUCAUGACCGAUGGCUUGCGAGAGGAUUAUCGGGAUUUGGUCGAUGGUCUACUUAUCUGCCGUUCGCGAAUCGCGGGAAAGUCCAGCGAGAUGCGGGGAAGUAGGUUAGGGAAUGGUAACGCCCCGCCAUCCUUGGCCUUUGCCUGUGGCUCCUGUCUUAGCAUAAAUUCCAUAAAAUCCCCCACGCUAUCCAUCCCUCGAGCUUCACAGUCUCUCUUCUCCCUCCUCUUCCUCUUCCUCUUCCUCUUCCUCUUUCUCUUCCUCUUCCUCUUCCUCUUCCAUAUACCCAACAUACCCAUCCCCAUCGCCUCGGGCAAAACCACAACAACUCAUCUACUCAUCUCAAGAUACCUCUUGCACUUCCCUCCCCUCGAGAAAAUGACUGUCAUCGAGCUCUCAACGCCAUCCACUGGCAAGUACAAGCAACCCACCGCCUUGUUUAUCAACAACGAGUGGGUUAAGGGUGUCGAUGGCAAGACCUUCGAGACCAUCAACCCUUCCACCGAGGAGGUUAUCUGCUCUGUCCACGAGGCCACCGAGAAGGAUGUCGAUAUCGCCGUAGCAGCUGCCCGGAAGGCAUUCGACGGCCCAUGGAGGAAGGUAACACCAGAGAACCGUGGCAGAUGCCUGGUCAACCUCGCAAACCUUCUCGAGAAGAACGCCGACCUCCUUGCUGCUGUCGAGUCGCUCGACAACGGCAAGUCCCUUUCCAUGGCCAAGGACGAUGUCACUGCCGUCGUUGGCUGCUUGAGAUACUAUGGCGGCUGGUCCGACAAGAUCGAGGGCAAGGUUAUCGAAACAAACUCGGAUACUUUUUCGUACACAAAGCAAGAACCCAUUGGUGUUUGCGGUCAAAUCAUCCCGUGGAACUUCCCCUUGCUCAUGUGGUCCUGGAAGAUCGGCCCUGCCGUUGCCGCUGGUAACACGGUUGUCCUCAAGACUGCUGAGCAGACUCCCCUCUCGGCUCUGGUCGCCGCAUCAUUUAUCAAGGAGGCUGGCUUCCCCCCGGGGGUCAUCAACAUCAUCUCUGGUUUCGGAAGGGUUGCCGGUGCUGCCAUCUCUGCCCACAUGGAUGUCGACAAGGUUGCAUUCACCGGAUCCACCGUUGUCGGUCGGCAAGUCAUGAAGGCUGCAGCCGGCUCCAACCUGAAGAAGGUAACUCUCGAGCUCGGAGGCAAGUCCCCAAACAUUGUCUUCAACGACGCCGAUAUUGAGAACGCCAUCUCUUGGGUCAACUUUGGUAUUUUCUUCAACCACGGCCAAUGCUGCUGUGCUGGUUCCCGUGUCUACGUUCAAUCUGGUAUCUACGACAAGUUCAUUCAAAGAUUCAAGGAGCGUGCCGCUGCCAACAAGGUCGGAGACCCAUUUCACCCAGAUACCUUCCAAGGCCCUCAGAUUUCCCAACUGCAAUACGACCGAAUCAUGGGUUACAUUGAGGAGGGCAAGAAGUCUGGUGCCACCAUCGUCACCGGCGGUGAACGUCAUGGUGACAAGGGAUACUUUAUUCAGCCUACCAUUUUCGCCGAUGUCACCGAGGACAUGAAGAUCAUGCAAGAGGAGAUCUUCGGCCCUGUAUGCUCUAUUUCCAAGUUUGAGACGGAGGAGGAGAUUCUCAAGACCGGCAACAACACGUCCUACGGCCUUGCCGCUGCUGUCCACACCACCAACCUCAACACUGCUAUCCGCGUCUCCAACGGUCUCCGCGCUGGUACCGUCUGGGUCAACCAAUACAACAUGCUCCACUGGCAACUUCCCUUCGGUGGAUACAAGGAGUCGGGUAUCGGACGUGAGCUCGGCGAGGCUGCGUUGGCCAACUACACUCAGACAAAGACAGUAUCGAUCCGUUUGGGCGAUGCCCUCUUUGGUUAA